AUGCCCGUUAAAUCGAAGGCGCCGAAAGCAGCGGCGGCGGUGAAAUCAACGGCGAAAGGCAAAACUUCCGGGAAGGCCAAUGGUAAACCCGCUGCCAGCCGGAAGACGGCGACCCGGAAGACGGCGACCCGGAAGACAGCGACGCUGAACGCCGCCGGCAAAAGCCUGGUGAUCGUAGAGUCACCGCCAAAAGCCCGCACCGUCGGCCAGAUUUUGGGCAGGAAGUACGUGGUUACCGCUUCCCAGGGCCAUGUCCGGGACUUGCCCAAGGGCAAGAUGGGCGUUGACCUGGAACACGACUUUGAGCCCUCCUACGUGACCAUGCGGGACAAGAUGGCCCUGGUCAAGGAGAUAAAAAGGGCCGGUGAUGAGGCCGCCGAGAUUUACCUGGCUACCGACCCGGACCGGGAGGGCGAGGCUAUAUCCUGGCACUUGCAGACCGCCGCCGGCUGGGACAACCAGGCCUCCAAACCGCUCAAGCGGGUGGUCUUCCACGAGAUUACCAAGGAUGCCGUGGAAGAGGCUUUCAAGAACCCUCGUGAAAUUGACAUGAAGCUGGUCAACGCCCAGCAGGCCCGCCGAGUCCUGGACCGGCUGGUUGGCUAUCAGAUUAGCCCGCUCCUGGGCAAACGGGUGCAGCGGGGUCUCUCCGCAGGCCGGGUCCAGUCGGUUGCACUGCGUCUGGUCACAGACCGGGAACGGGAAAUCCUGGCCUUUGUGCCGGUGGAAUCCUGGACGCUGGACGCCCAAUUGCACAAGGAAACCGACCCGGCUGACAAACUGGACCUGUUUUCCGCCACCCUUCACUCGAUCAAGGGCAGCCGCAACCGGCUCAAUAUUCCCGUCGAGGAAGAUGCCCGCAGGUAUGAGGCGGAGUUGAAAGACGCCGCCUAUUCGGUGGCCGACGUGCGGAAACGAGAGGUGCGGCAGCGUCCCGCUGCUCCCUUCACAACCAGCACCAUGCAGCAGGAAGCGGGCCGCAAGUUCCGUUUCACCGCCCAGCGAACAAUGGCGGUGCCCAGCAGCUAUAUGAAGGGUUGUCGGUGGGGAAGGAAGGCUCGGUGGGCCUGA